AUGCUGCGCGUCUUCCACCUCACGACGGCUCUCAUCAACAUGCUGCUCUGGCUUCGCUGGUGGCACUGGACGCCCUACAACGAUCGACUCGAGGAGAGAAUCUACACGCGGCAAAAAAACAAAAACAAUAAACGUCCAACUCCUUACGCGGCUUAA